GCCGCCUGGUGCUCCAGGUGCAUUUCCCGAGAGCCUGGGGGCCGCGGUGGCCUGGGAAGAGUGGCCCGUCUCGGAUCUGGUUUUGCCACGUCUCUACGCCCCGUCCCCUGGACGCCAGUGAGCCUCAGAAUCCAGGCUCCCGUUCUGGCCACUAUCAACAUUAGCUGGACCACAGAGCAUCCUUGAGUCUGAUGUGCACUAGAGUGUGAGUGCUGAAGGCUUCCUUUCUCAUGGCAAGCUGGAGAAACUGAGGCUCAGGGGAAGCCACUUUGAUAUCCCGGGCAUGUCAGAACUCUGAGACCUGCGGAGACCGGAGUGACCCCAGCUGCCUCGCCCAGCCUGGUGUCAAGAUGCUGAGCCUGAAACUCCCCAGGCUGUUCCGCAUAGACCAGGUGCCCCAGGUGUUCCAUGAGCAGGGCAUCCUCUUUGGCUACCGACACCCACAGAGUUCCGCCACUGCCUGCAUCCUCAGCCUCUUCCAAAUGACCAAUGAGACCCUCAACAUCUGGACGCACUUACUACCCUUCUGGUUCUUUGUGUGGAGGUUUGUGACUGCACUGUGCGUGACGGACAUCCAGAAUGACAGCUACUCGUGGCCCAUGCUUGUGUACAUGUGUACCAGCUGCGUGUACCCGCUGGCGUCCAGCUGCGCACACACCUUCAGCUCCAUGUCCAAGAACGCCCGCCACAUCUGCUACUUUCUGGACUAUGGUGCCGUCAAUCUCUUCAGCCUGGGCUCAGCCAUUGCCUACUCUGCGUACACAUUCCCUGACGCGCUGAUCUGCAGUACCUUCCACGAGUGCUACGUGGCCCUGGCUGUGUUGAACACCGUUCUCAGCACCGGCCUCUCCUGCUAUUCCAGGUUUCUUGAACUGCAGAAGCCCAGGCUCUGCAAACUGCUCCGGGUCCUCGCCUUCGCCUACCCCUACACUUGGGACUCACUCCCCAUCUUCUACCGGCUCUUCCUGUUCCCAGGGGAGAGUUCAAGAAAUGAAGCCAUGUUGUACCACCAGAAGCACAUGAUCAUGACCCUCCUGGCCUCUUUCUUGUACUCCGCUCACCUGCCAGAGCGGCUGGCUCCUGGACGCUUUGACUACAUCGGUCACAGUCACCAGCUGUUUCAUGUGUGCGUGAUCCUGGCCACCCACUUGCAGAUGGAAGCCAUCCUUCUGGACAAGACCCUGAGGAAGGAGUGGCUCUUGGCCACCUCCAGACCCUUCUCUUUGCCUCAGAUAGCAGCAGCCAUGCUUCUGUGCAUUGUCUUCAGCCUCAGCAACAUUAUUUAUUUCUCAGCUGCUCUGUAUCGGACCCCUGAGCCUGAAUUACAUGGAAAGGAAACAUGAUCAGAACAUGCUGG